AUGGCAGAGUGAAGAGAAAGGGAGGCUAUUAUUGCGUAGCGGAUCGUGACAUGUUAGUUAAUGUCAGUUAAUGUUUUCAAAAAUUUUAUCUUGAACAAGGAUAUGGAGUACGUCGACAAUCGUCCGAGCUAUUUCCAAACGAGUAUGUAUCGUAAUGAUACGCGAAAAUUUCGACUAACACGGUUAAUAACCUCGUACUCUUGUUGACAUUUCUUUUGGACCCCGAUAGCUUCCAUGGGUUGGUAUAUCGUAGGACUCGUGAUUGUAUUAUAUUAUACAUUUCCACUUAUUCAAAAGAAGUAUAAAAACUGGAAACUUGCGAGAAAUCAGCAGGAUGAUGCUGCAAUUGGUAAAAAGACUGAUGAAUUACCACAACUAUCGGCUAAUGUAGAGCUAGCGCGACAGAAAAUGCAAGAAGCAUACAAUAAGAGUUGUAUUUUGGCACAAGUUAAAGAGGAAGAGGAGAAGGAGAAGAAGAGACAAAAGAUUUUAAAAUUAUUGGAAAAUAAAAAUGUAGGUACCAAGCUAGGUAAUGCAAUGGAUAAUGAAAAACCUAGUACAAGUACAAAAUCAAAGUUUAAAUCAGAAUAUAAUCCCUUAAUGGGUGACAAUGCUCGUGGAUAUCGGCCUCCGAAACGUACUUGUUGUAAAAAGGGAGGAUGUGGUUAAUUAUAGUUUUAUAUAAAUUCUCAAAAUUCUCAAAUUUACUUUUCUGAAACAAAUUUAAUUAAGUAGAAAUAAAUAAGGAAGUGAUAAUUAGUGCGGAUUAAAAUCGAUAUAUUUAAAAUGUGCAAUAUUCUAUGUUUACAAAUAACA